CAUCUUCUUCUUUUGUGUACAUCAAACCAGCUCUGAGCCGUGCAUCCAUCCAUCCAGUUGUCGUUGAUGGAUUCAGCAUCAGCGCCGCUCAAGUCGACCGCGACGCCGCCCGUCGUCACUCCGCAGCAAGCCAAGCUCCCUGGUGUCCGCAACCUCCGCAGCAAGUUCGAAUCGGGCUCCGGCUCGGACGCUGCCGGCGCUGGCUCUGGCUCUGGCUCCAGUGCGUCUGCCUCCAAUGCGUCGACGCCGUCCUCAAUCAGUCGGCCCGACUCCCCAGCGGGCGGUGGCCCAUCGAGCUCGGCGUCAGACGCACCAUUGCAGCGUGGACGCGUUCGCUCCGCGUCUGGCACAGUCAACCCCGUGACUGGACUCUACUCGUCGGGAUCGCUCCAAGCGCUGCUCGCUCAGGAUGCCGCGGCUGCCAACUCAGAGGCAAACCCCUCUGCUCAGCCGAGCGCGGCCUCACCCUCAAAACCACCCCUGCCGGUUGCGCCAGUGUCGUCACCAUCGAUGCUCGGGAGGUCCCAGUCGGGUCGCAUCGGGUCGCCGGCUGCACCUGGGUUGGCGCGACCUGCGAUGCCGUCGUCACCCAAGCCAACGCCUCAAUUUGGCUCCAAACCAAGCACGCUGGCUCGCACCGGCAGCAGCACCGCCGUGCCUACUAUUCCGAGUGCAACAGGCACAUCUAGUACAUCGAGCCCUUCGAGUGCAGUCGCCUCGUCGGAGGGAUCAAGCGCACCUCGUCCAGCCGCCGCGGCCAGUCCCAGUCAUGCUCCAGCUGCAGUUGUCGCCGCUCCCCAGGAGAAACCGGAGGCAAAGCCUUUGGCGCCAACCUCGGACUCUACACAUGCGACCUUUGUCUCGCGCAUCAAUCAAAAUAACGCGCUCUACAGCGACGCCGAACGUGAAAUCAUGGCGGCUCUCGAUAUGUUUGAUACCAAGCCUACUCCUCCUGCUGCGUCUCCGACGCCGAUCGUUCCUGCGGUCGCUACUCUAGCGUCGAGCGCGGCCAUGGAGGUGGCCCCCAUCUCUGCUCCUGAAUCGGUCGCAACCGCCCCGACCGUGUCCGAGCCUGUUGCUGUGAGCGUUGUCGCUGAGACACCCGUUGCAGACUCUCAAGCCUCAGCAAAACCAGCUGCAGUCGAGGACAUUGCAACCACUGCUGCUCUGGGAGAUAUUUUGGCCAGCGUUGAAAUGUUCCUUGCAACCCACACGCCACCAGCAACGGCCGCCGCAUCCCCCGCUACUACAACCACCACCACUGCGCCGCAACCUGCAUCAUCUGUCAGCACUGCGCCACCACCUGCGACUGUCAGUCCCACUCCGCAGUCACAGAUGGCAGUCGCUGUCAAAAUUGCUGCGCUCGAACCUGCCGUUGCCGUCAUGUCGCCGCCUGCACAGACCGCCACCCGUACGGAGGUUACCACCACUCAGUCCGGAAUCUCGUCGGUUGCGGUGGCAACGGCUACACUGCGAGCGGCUGCGACUCCUGCAGCACCUAUUCCCAACUCGGUCCCCGCUGCACUUCCCAAGGCCGUCGCUGGCUCAUCCACACUAGCUCGCCAACCCUCCAAGAUUGUGCGAGCUUUGACGCCAGCUGCGCUGCGUAGCGAGCUGCUUCACGUGGCGACUUGUCAAUCUCAGCAGGCCGCGCAUCAAGCAUUUGCUGCACUGGGAACCAAGAGCGUGGAUCAAGAGUUUUCCGCGGUGCAACCGCUGUUUCCCAGCUCGUCGUUGUAUACAGCCACGUUGCAGCAGAAUAAGCAACCAGCUUUGCUUCAUCGUAUUGCGAUUGGGCUUCUUUCUCCGAGUCAAGGGUCGCUUCUCGCUGAAGAUCUUGCUCGGUAUCGCAGUUUCCACCACUAUGCCCUAGCUCCAAUUUCGGAUGCCUUUUUUGAUCAAGCAAACAACGAUUUAAUUCUAGUGUCGACCCCAGUGUUCGCUGAAACACUCGAAGCCUGGCUCAGCGCGCCGGCAAACCGCACGGACAUGUUGCAGCUCAAAUCGAUCGUGUAUCAGUUGCUGCAAGGCUUGUCGUCUCUGCACGAGCGCAGUACCAGUUUUGGCUGCUUCACUGCUGCACACGUGCGCCUCGGUACGCAAAAGGACCCCUCUGGCAGCAUCCCCGCUUUGCUUGCUGCUCGAAUGCCAGUACUGUGGGGAAUUGCCUUGGGCGAUCAGCUGGGGUCUUUGCGCACGUGCCAGGCUCAACAUUUCGUCGUCCCGCCAGAAGUGGAAAAGUUUGAGCGGCUUUCGGGAGACCCCUGGUACGCAACUGCUUAUGCGGCCGACGCCUGGUGCCUCGGUGCGCUUUUGCAUGUUGCCGUUUUCCAGACCACACCCGUGUUUGAUGGGGACAGUCAGCUGCCAACACUUCCGCGCCAGAAAGGCGGCGACCCCCAAUUGCGCAGUCUCAUUCGGGCUCUGCUGCACAAGGAUGUCUGGAAGCGCUUGUCCUGUCGCGCCGCGCUCGUCCACGGCUACUUUGUGGAUGAUGAAUCUCUAGGCACUGAUUUGGAGGAGGAAAAGCCAAGCAGCAGCAGCAGCAGCGGCAGCAGCAGCAGUCACGUAUCCGGUGGGAAUGGUGGCAAUGGCACGCUCGCCAACCCGCUUCUCAAUAAGGCCAAAACGGCCACUGGCCCAGCAGGCUCUGCACCGUCUUCCCCGAUCAAAGCCAAGGGAACACUUGCGCGGUCCAACAGCAGUCUGUCGCGCAAUGUCCUCCCGAGCGCGAUGGCGGCCGCGCAACACCAUUUAGCGAUUGGCGACCAGGGCUCGAGCGCAGGGCUCUGGAUGGAGCGCCUGUAUGUCCGCUCCUUUGCCGAAAAGGGCGUGUCUCGUACCACCUUGGUGGUGGAUGUCAAGUACCAAGAGUCCAUCCCCCACUUUCCGCAGUCCACGCACUGGUCGCCGUCCGAGCGCCUCAUUCGAACCACUUUAACGUGCUUUGCCUCGUUGUUUGAGGCGGACCUUGCCAAGAAACUUGUCUUCCGGGUGGAUCGCAAGCUCUUGCUGUCGUCUGAAGAGUUUUAUCCCAUCUUGUUUGGUCUGAUUAUGCAGUGUGCAACGGCGCAAUCCGUGUCGCGAUCAGCCCACCAAUCAACCAUUUCGAGCACCGACUCCUCUCACCGGUCGCUGCGCUUGUUUGAAUGGGCAUCGACAGUCGCUGACCAAGACGUGACAUUGCUUCCUGUGCCUACGGGGCUGGAGAUCCGCUUUGGUACCCCCGCGGGAGCCACGCCGGAUGCGCUGAUUGAAACACAUGAGGCCUUUGGUCGAUUGUUGAUCAAGUGCGUUUUGGACGGCUGUCGUGUCACGUUGCCAUUAUCGUCCGCCGUAUUCAAGUUCCUCCUGAAUGCACCAGCUGCCACUCGCGACAUUGCCAGCUACACUGGCAAGCUCACACUCGACGACAUGACGACAUCGGGCUUGGGCGAGGAGGCGCGCGAGCUUGUUCAAGCGUUGAUUGACAGUCGUCGUCCCGAGCUCGAGGCUCUUCGACGUGGCUUUGCCAUCUCGAACGUUUUCCAUCACUUGACGAGUCUAUCCAGCUUUGAGCUGCAGUCCCUGUGCUGCGGCGUGAGUGACUCUGUCGAGGACUUGCGCGCUUGGCUGAGCAACCAUUUGGACUUUGUUGGCUUUGAAGCGUCCAGCCAUAGUCCUGCCUGGCUCAAGCACACGGUGCUGCAUCGAAUGGACGGGCGGUCGAUUCGUCGAUUGCUGUAUCUGUGCACGGGCCAGUGCGGCAUCUACUUGCUUCGCCUCGCCAAACAGCCCGUCGAAGGCGAGCUUCCCGCAAUCGAGUCUGGCACGUUGGAGACGCGCAUUGUCGUCUCACCUGCGCCAGCUGGCCUCAGCUAUCCACGCCUUUUGUUCAAGCUCCAGCGAAUCGAACUGGGUUUGUUCGAUACCAAAGACCAGCUCGGCAAGGAGUUUGUUGAGGCGCUUCGUGUGGCCCAUCAAAGCUAACGCAAGAGGGGUGGUCAAGUAUUUGUUUUCCGACCAGGGGGUUCUUGUACCCGAUGCUUUUUCAUCACCUGUCGCAAGGACGACUAGCGAGUGAUUGUGUGAAGUGUUUUAAGUGUUUUUGUCAAUGUGCAAUUGUUUUAUUUCUAUCUGUUCGCAAAUGUACGUUCGUUUGAG